AAACAGAGACUCACAAAAGAAGCAAAACCAAAGACACCAAGAUGAAGACGCCUCAACUUCUCGUCCUCCUUUUGACCCUUCUGGUCCACGCAGGAUGCGGGUUCCCCUCCGACCGGGAGCGCCGGGACAAGCACGCCUCCUGGGAUGACGUGAACGUGGUGGCCCACGGGCUCCUGCAGCUCGGCCAGGGUCUGAAGGAGCACGUGGACAAGACCAAAGCCCAGAUGAGAGACGUGAGCGGCAAGCUGAAGGUCCUCAACGGCACGGCGGCCGAGCUGGAGAGGAGGCAGCAGGAGCAAGGAGAGGCCCUGAAAGCUCAAAGCAAGGAGGCGGAGGAGAGGCGCCGGCUGCUGACGGAGCUGGCCGAGGAGGUGAAGGCAAAGGUGGGGGAGGUGGCGCGGCAGACGGGGGACAUCACGUCCAGGAUGGACAGACUGGAGGAGGUGCUGGCUGAGCCGGCGCUGGACAGCAACGACAGCGAGCACCAGAGGUUCUCCUUCAUCCAGAGGUUGAUGGCGUCUCAGAACAGACGGAUCGACCAGCUGGUGGAGAAAAUCCAGCAGCAACAAGACAAACUGGAGAAGCAGAAUCUGCACCUGCAAGCCCUGCAGAGCAAGGUUGCACAUAAGAGAGUGAAAUCACACCGACGGAGAGAUGAGGGGACGGCACAGAGAGUCGAGGCACGGCACAACCAAGCUGAAUCAGGUCUACCCAGAGACUGUCACGACCUGUUCGCACGAGGGCAGCGAGCCAGCGGCGUCUACACCAUCCAACCCGAGAACUCGCAGCCGUUCAACGCCCUCUGUCAGAUGACUCCAGACGGCGGGUGGACCGUCAUCCAGAGACGUCAGGAUGGAUCCCAAAACUUUGACCAGCUUUGGGAGAACUACAAGAAAGGCUUCGGCAGCCUCGAAGGAGAGUUCUGGCUGGGCUUGGACAACAUCCGCUCCCUGUCCAAGCAGGGUCGGCAGGUCCUGCAGGUGGAGCUCUCAGACGAGGUGGGGCAGCAGCAGGAGGCUCGAUACAAUUUCCAACUGGACGGAGAGGAGAAGAAGUUCGCUCUGCACCUCCAGAAGGACUCCUCGUCUGGAGCUCAGGAGCAACUCCUGAGCGCCGAUGGUCUUCCCUUCUCCACCGCAGACAGAGACAACGACCUCACUGCAGACAUCAACUGCGCCGAGCUGCUCUCAGGUGGUUGGUGGUUCAGCAGCUGCGGUGAAUCAAACCUCAACGGCAAAUACCCCAGACAACCAGAGCAGAACCGCAGACUGAAAUUCAGAAGACAGGCGAUGUUCUGGACCGUCACGCCGGGCCAGAGCGGCUCUCUGAGGACCACGCUUCUGAAAAUCGCACCAGCAUCAAGGAAACAAUAAACCCGUCUCAGAAAGACAGAGCAGCACGAAAGCUGCAGACACUUCGAAUCAAAGUUUUAUUUUAUUUUUUUACUUGAUGCUGAACUACUGAAAAACUAAACAAAUCGCUGCAACAUGCACAUCACUGAUCUCCAGAUGAUCCAAGAUUUCUAUGCAAAGCAUAAGAAAACUGAAAUCCUCAGUUAUUUCGGUCACACUGACUGCAACAUUAUUCCCUUUGUGAGGGACUUUUUAUUAUUUGUAUUUGAAUUAAUUACUUUGCAACUAAAGAAUGCAGUUUUUUACACUUUAAAUAUUUGAUCACAGAAUGAAAUGUUUUUUAUUUGUA